UCGUUUCCUGGGUGGGGCGGGACACGUUUAAAACGGCCCGAACCGGAACGGGGCCCAGAGCCCGACGGCGGGGGCACCCCGCCAAUCAAUCAUCCCCCCAAAGACAACCCCCCCCUUCUCCCUCCCAACAGGGGCAACCGCCCCCCAGCAACGUCCGGACCAACCGCCCGCCUCGACGAGGACCGAGACCCCCGUUGAGGGAGGGGUCGGGGCUCCGGGCCCCCCCCCCCCCGCCCCGACCGACCCACCGAAAGAGCGACCCACCGACCAUGCGGGCCGGGCCCCCGCAACGCCUCCUGUGAGCCCCGGGAGCCCCCCCACCGCCCCCCCCGACGCUGCAGCGCGGCCGGUCCUUCUCCAUGCUCUGCCCCAAGCCCGGGCACCCGGCCGGGCCUGCACCGGGGACAGCACCGGGAACACCGGGAACAGCUCCACCGGGAGCAGCGGGAAGGCGACGAGGCCCGGGGCCCGGGGUCCAGCAACGGGGGCCCCCGUGGGAGGCCCCGCGACGGACGGGCUGAUCCCCUUUUAGAGCGGACUCGUGUGUCUCUUCGGCCCCGCCUUAGGAGGCCCAGGACUCCUCGCCAACCGCCCCCCGGACUGUGGCCGCCUCCUCCAUGCCGCCGUCGGGGCGUGCGGGGCUGGGGCUGCUGCUGCUGGGGCUGGCCCUGCUGGGCCCCGCCGCCGGCCUGUCCACCUGCAAGACCAUCGACCUGGAGCUGGUGAAGAGGAAGCGGAUCGAGGCCAUCCGGGGCCAGAUCCUGUCGAAGCUGCGGCUGGCCAGUCCCCCGCAGGGCGACGGCGACCAGGGCCAGGCCCAGGGCCCGCUGCCCGACGCCGUGCUGGCCCUCUACAACAGCACCCGGGACCUGCUGGGCGAGCUCAGCCGCAGCCGGGAGCGGGACAGGCCCGACACCGACUACUACGCCAAGGAGGUCACCCGCAUCGCCAUGCUCAAGCCCAACGAAGCGUCGUACCUGCGGUACCCCAAGGUGCCCCACAGCGUCUACUUCAUCUUCAACGGUUCCGCGGUGCGGGAGGCGGUGCCGGAGGCGGCGCUGCUCGCCCGGGCCGAGCUAAGACUCCUCCGCCUCAAGUCCCAGACCCGGGACGGCGGAGGAGGAGGAGGAGGAGGAGGCGGAGGAGGAGGAGGAGGAGGCGGAGGCGGAGGCGGAGGCCCCGACGACCAGCACGUCGAGCUCUACCAGAAAUACGGCAACGGAUCGUGGCGCUACCUGAGCAGCCGGUUCGUGCAGCCCAGCGCCGACGAGGACUGGCUCUCCUUCGACGUCACCGAGGUCGUGCAGCGCUGGAUCAAGAGCCCCGAGGAGGAAGAAGUUUUCCGGCUCAGCGCCCACUGCUCUUGUGAGGGGCCGCCGCCCACCCUGGAAGUGGAGAUCGACGGCUUCACCAAGCUGCGAGGCGAUCUAGCCGCGGUGCAGGACAAGAACCAGCGGUCCCCUUUCCUUCUGCUCAUGGCCACCCCGGCCGAGCGGGCCCAGCAUCUGCAGAGCUCCCGCCGGCGCCGGGACCUGGGCAAGGACUACUGCUUCAGCACGCCGGAGGAGAAGAACUGCUGCGUGCGCCCGCUCUACAUCGACUUCCGCAAGGACCUGGGUUGGAAGUGGAUCCACGAGCCCCAGGGCUACCACGCCAACUUCUGCCUGGGCCCGUGCCCCUACAUCUGGAGCCUGGACACGCAGUACAGCAGGGUCCUGGCUCUGUACAACCAGCACAACCCCGGCGCGUCGGCGGCCCCGUGCUGCGUGCCGCAGACCCUGGACCCGCUGACCAUCGUCUACUACGUAGGCCGCAAGCCCAAGGUGGAGCAACUGUCCAACAUGGUAGUCCGCUCCUGCAAGUGCAGCUGAGCCCGGCCCCGUCCCCCCCACCCCCCCCCCGGCAGG